UUGCUGGGUGACGCGAACGUGGGCAAGACUCACCUCAUGCAUCGCUUCACCGACCAAAAGCUGCCGCAGGUGCCCAGCCCCACGAUCGGCAUCGAGUUCCAGCCGGUUUCCGUGACCACCAAGAGCGGCGACGUCGUGAACAUGGUGGUGUGGGACACAGCCGGGCAGGAACGGUUCCGAUCGGUGACGAAGACGCACUACCGGCGCUCGGUGGGGUGUUUUUUGGUGUACGACAUUUGCGACCGACAGAGCUACUUGAACGUGCAACAAUGGCUGGACGACUUGAAGAGCGCGGCGGCGCCCGGCGUGAUUGUGGCACUGCUCGGCAACAAGGUGGACCUCGUGAAGAACGGGAAACAGCGCUGCGUGACCUUUGAAGAAGCGAAGCAGUUCGCUGCGACGCACAGCCUGUACUUCUUCGAAGUCAGCGCGGUGACCGGCGAAAACGCGACCGAGGCGUUCAACUCGCUUCGUCGUCCCACCACUCCGUCAUUCUACAAUAUUUUGUGA